AUGGGAAGCAGCCCAGGCUCUCUGGAUGCAGGGGUAGGACAUGAGCCAGGGACGAAGUUGGUAGUCAAGCAGAGUCCUCACCUGGCACCAAAGAAAAAAUCUGAGGAGCCCUUACCUUCUUGCCUGCAACCAGACAUGCUCUCCAUUGUUUCCUGUGAGCAGUUUGCUCCUCUUGUGCCCAUGCAGAAGGAACAAGGUGAGAGAAGCCGAAGAGAUGCGGGUAAAAAAAACAAGGGGAUACAGGCUAGGAGGGCUGUCAGGAGCAAGAAGGGUGUAGCUCUGCCAAUUCCAGACACUGCUGUAUGUGAAGAUUGGCAGGCAGCGACCACAGCUGUGGCAGCAUGCUCAGAAGACACUGUAAGGAGAGGGACAGAACAAGGUCAACAGCUAUUUUUCUCAGGAACUACUUUGCAAAAUAAAUUGUCAGCUGAGAUCGAAAGGAAAGAGCAUAGCUCAGAAGAACUGAACCUCUCAGAUUUCCAGGAGAGUUCAGGGAGCUCAGGAAAAGAAGACAAAUAUUCCUUUAUGGAUAUAGAAUUACAAUUGUCAUCCUUGGAGGAGGAAAUUGAGAGGACAGAGAGAGAUAUUUCCUGUUUGCCAGAACUAGAGGUGCUGCAGCCCAGAAAGGGCACAUGUAGUACUGAAAUGAAAAGCACUGACUCCCUAAUGAUACUGAAGAUGCAAAUCCCAGAUCAUAAGAAUUUAGGGGCUCAGGAAUCCUUGUCUGAACCAAAACCUCAGGAGGAGGUAGAUAUGCCAGAGAAGUUGGAAGAGUGUUCUUUACUUGGAUCAAAAAAGUCAGGGACACAGGAGAAAAGAAAGAGAUGCUUGAGCAAGAAGGGCAGGACAUCUUUGUUGAAACCAAAACUACAAGGUCCCAGAGAGAGGAGUAGAUUUGCCUUGCUAGAAUUGCAUACACAGUGUCCAGAGUCCAAGAAAGGAGCUGCAAGUCUGAGGAAGAAGAGCAGAAAUGCACAGCAGCUACAGGGUCUAGGUGGCCAAGAACAACCAGCAACCAGAGAAAAGAUGCAGCUGAGCUCAAACCCUCCUAAAGGAGCAAACAACCUGGGGGAAACUGCAAAAGAAAAAUGGAAAGCAAUUGAGCAAGACUCUGGUACACAGACUGUGAAGAAACCUAAGAAAAAUAAAAACAAAUCAGAAGAUUCCAAGGAAAAGGAAGCUCACUACUCUGAACCUCUUACAGUUACUACUUUAGGUGGGACUCAAAGCAAGAGCUUUCUGUGCCGUCCUGUAACAGAAGAGUCGGAUGUGCAGUAUAAAAAAAGGAAACCCAGAACUGAUCAAAUCGAGUGCUUUCAAAGUUUUAGUGUAACUUCAGCUGAAAAAGUAAGAAAUGCAUCUGCAAAGUGUGAUGCUGAACAUUGCAGAAACGCCCUAAACCAUUGUAAUGGCUUGCUCUGUGCAACAGAAAAGAAUCCAUUUGUGAGAUUAGAGGCCUGUAGUUACAUCAAUACAUUUGUGAAGUCUUCAGAUAGUGGAACUACCAGCAGUUACAAAUUAAGUGGAUUCUUCCAUGUAGCCCAGGAUAAAAGAAAGCAUGUUUUUCCUGAUGAUGCUGUAGAACAGAGUGAUAUGAACUGCAGCAGUAGUAGAAUACAAAAUGAGAGAUCAGACAUUAAAAGUGGUCUAUUGUUUAAUAAAGAAGAAGCUCAAAGCAGAGAAGAGUGCUUUUUGUGCUAUCAGAGUGAAAACAGUAAGUGUUUAAGGGGGAAAAAGUGGAAUAUUGGUAGAAAGCCUAGAAAAAAAAUGAAAAUCACUGAGAAAUUGGCAGCGCAGAAUAUUUUCACAGACAUCGCUAAUGGAAGCCGUGAGUGUGAGUUAGAAACUGAAGCGUCCAUUGCCAUGUCAAGCUCCACUGCAGCCUUGGGACUAAAUGGUAAAGAAAUUGCUCUGUCAGCUUCAUGUGGUCAUACAUCAGAUCUUCAUACAGGAAAAAAUACUCGUGUAGCAAAAAAUAUAUCAGACUGGAGAAAGAAUAGUACCAAAUCACUUGCAUUUGAAGAUGGCUUUAAGAAGACAUCUGAGCUUUCUGUAAUAGGAAAGGGAGAAAAAUCAAAGAGUGUGGCACACCAUUCUGCUGCCUCAGGUAGCCUGAGAGUGCUAGCUCAGGUCCACAAUGUUUCUAACUGUCACAAAAGCAAGACAGGUGAAAAAUUGAACAAAGUCAAUAAGAAAUUGCAGCAGUUUACCUGUCAAAGAACAGUACCUAUGACUGGUAAAAACGCUUGGCCUUUUGAAUCUUGUGCCAGGACUUCUGAAUGGGUUUGUAAAAAUCGUGAAUCUGUCUUGGAAGGAAAAAGACGUUUAAGGGCUGCCUUUGAGAAAUCCUCUGAUAAAAGCAGUGUUAAAGCCGUGGGGAACAGUGCUGUGACUGGGAAUUUGAGACAGCUGGAUUUGCUUAUGUCAUCUGCAGAACAUAACAAAGAAUCUACAGAUAAAAUAAUGGAUCCAAAUACUGAAUAUCUGAGUUCACUUGAAACACCAGAAUCCUCUUCUGUGGAUAUUUAUGAGACUUUGAGAAUGAGCAAUGAAAAUGUGGAAUCAUCAGUUAGUAUGGAUAGAAGCACUAUGGCUUUUAACCAUGAUGAUGUGCAAGAAGUUAAAGCAACCUUCAAUUCUACCACUAAACAAAAAGAUAAAAGAGUUGUAAGAAAAAGAAAACCAUCUGUGACGUCUGCAGGUAACAAAACUAGAAGAAACAUCAGAUGUAAAGCAUCAGUAGAGAACCAGACAUUUUCUGGUCAAAAGCUAAUGGAAGUGGUGAAGGCUGGAAACCUGACAAAAUUCAAAAUUCCUUUAUGCAGAGACAAACCUGAACCCAGGAAAUGGGAAUCUGGCUGUUCAUCUGAAAGAAAGACCUGUGAUCUACUGGAGCUUCUUGACAGCACUGGUGUUUCAGGAAGUCAGAAGAUGGGUGAAGAGACUUCCUUGGUAAAUUCUGAGCAGCAGCCUCUUCCUAUCGUGAGUGAUGCUAUGUCUGCAGCUUCCAUGAAGAAAAAAGCAGAUGAGAUCAACAGUAAGGAGUUCCAGCUUGAUGAGUCUGAAAACCUUUCAAAUGAGGUGUCUGCACUCCCUGAAGAUUCUUUUUUAUAUCCAAGUCCAUCUCCUGAUGGACAUCUGGAGUCAUCUGUGCCUGAUUUCCGUGGUACUGAAUGUGUACCAGAAUCUGAUUUUCCUGACUCUUCUUGGAAUGCAAUUGACCACCCUGUUGCAUUAGAAAUAAAUGAUGAUAGCAAAUCAAGAGGGAAUCUUUCACAACACAAAAGUCAAAAUUUUCCAGAUAUUCUUGAAGCUUACAAAGAAGAUAUUCUUGUCAUUGAUGUGAUUCAGGAUGACCCUGACCUUUUUGGAACCAGUACUGAAGAGGAGCAUGCACUUGCAGUCUGUGAAGAUUGUCCCGUGAAGGCGCCCUAUAGUAGCAUCUGCAUUAAAAGUGAAAAGGAGGAUCCUGUUAUCUCAGAAAAUAGAGAUUUAGUAGGUGAUAAUUUUAGAAACAUUACCAUGCAAGAAUCGGGAAUGUCAAAUGAUCCUGAAAAUUCCUGUGAUUGGCUGCUAAAAGCUAAAGAUAUUAAAACCCACAACUCCUCCAGAGGAAGCAGUCCUCUGGGAGAUGUUCCUGAGGACUUUCUUGAAGAUGGGCAACUGAGAGAACUGGAUGAACUUCUAAAGAGUUUUGACGUGGACAAAAAGUUCACAUUUGCAGAUGGAGUGCCUGAUGUGAAACAAGAAAAAAAGGAUGAAGCUGAGAAAAGUGCCUGUACAUACAAAGAUCUUGUGAACUGUGAACUGCUAUCAGGAUUGCCAUUCCAUGCCCGGAAAGUAAACGUCCUCAGUGAAGAAACAGUGAUGAAACCACAGACAAACGGUAUCGCUUCUCAUUCAAUCCAGCAGAUCCUCGAGAUGAUGGAGUUGCCCCGUAAAUACUGCAGAUUUUAUUUCAUGACUUUACGCGGAUGUGAAAGAGCAAAAUGUUGGUUUUGGCAUGUUCCUGAAGAAGGGGAUGAAAAGGUUUGCAUGGACAUACUUAGGACAUACACUAGUACCAAGGAACCAGGCCUUCUAAAACGUGCAGUCCAAAUAUUUGUGAAGUAUUACAGAGAAGUUACUCCUGGCGUGGAUUUUUCUUCUCAAGUGCUGAAUGAUCUUCUCAUUUCUUUGCUCAAGAACUGUUUGUUGUGGGAAGUAUUUAAGAUAUUGAAUGUAACUGUACGAAUCAAUGCACUGCCUGCUGUAGAUGUUCUUCUGAAAGUUUUUGAGCAUGUGGCUUCUUUGAAUAUAAGAGACGCUGUGCCUACAUUAAUCAGUACCUUUCGUAAGCUCAUUGAUGCUGGUAUGCUCCUUCAGUUAGAACAUUUUGACUGUAUUAUUAAAUUCCUUCACCAAUUGCAAGUUUCCAGUCAGGAAAUAAAUACUGUUUUGAACAUAAAAUCCAGAUUUCAGGAAAGACAUUUUGAAAAGAACUGGCUUUUUGACUUUAACUUGGCAGUGGCUGAAAUUCAGCAUUGCAAGGAAAAAAGUGAUUGGACCAAGCUGGGAGCUUUGUAUGUGAAUGCGAGAACUGGAUGUGAACAUUUUUAUGAUCUUCAGAAACUGUCUUUAUGUAUUGCUGAAAUAUUAACCAGAGACUCGGAGACAGACAGACCAGGAGUUCCUUUUUGUGAUUUUGCUGAUGCAGUAAUGAAGAAUUCACAACAUAAUGAAGCAGACAGAAUUAUCAUUGGAAGGAUUGGGAUAAGUGUAAUGUAUUCGUAUCACAAAGUACUACAGUGGGUAAAGGGAAGGAAGGUUUUGGAUAAAUUGCAUGAGCUACAGAUACAUUUUACAGUCUUGAAAGGACUUAUAGGUGCAGAGGGGUCAGCAUCAAGAUGUCAAAUUGUUAAUAAAGCUGCAGAAAUCUUUCUUAAAACUGGAAGUUUGGAUGGAGCUAUAUGGGUACUGAGAGAAUCAGAGUGGACCACAAGUGAACCAUUGUGGCCCUGUGAUAAAGUGGACAUCCUCAGCCGACACAAUCUGUUAAGUACACUAGUGCAAAAAUACUUGACGAAGAGUUUAUACAGGGAGGCAUUUGAAGUUCUGCAGAACUUACCAGGUUUUCAAAAUAAUUCCGAUACUGUAGAUGUUUCUCAGUACAGCUGCCUUUUUAACAUGCUGAUAAAUGCCUGUUUUGAGAGCAAGAACCUUGGGGUCUCAUCUUCUGCAGUAGACUUCAUGCUUUCAAAAAACAUGGCUAUUGAUUUUUCUUUACUUAGAGGAUUAAUCACAGCUUUGGGAAGAAGUUCUUUAUGGUCAAAAGCUAGGACCUAUUACAAGAGUGCUUUAUCAUUGGGUUGCUACCCACCACUGCAGGGAAAUUUACAUCACAAACGUUUGAUGAUUCCAUCUUACCUGUCUGAGGUUGAGAUGCUGUUGGCCAUCGAAAUAUUUCUUGUUUCAAAUGCCAGUGAUAUUCGAAGUCCAAUGGGUACUAGUCAGAGUCUUCAAAUAAUACUGAAAAGAUGUGAAGAUCAGACAGCUCAGAGUAAAAGUGACUAUCAAGUGGCAGUGGAGAGACUGAUCCUGGCUGCUCGUCUGUCUGAUCCAAAGCUUUUUCUGAAGCAUAUGACAAUGAAUGUUAAUAUGGAAGAAGUUUACAGCUUGGAGCUUACAUCUGCUCUAAAAUGGGUUCAGGAGAAUAUGAAAUGGGCUGGGAAGGUCUGGCUGUUUCAGUAG